ACUCUCAAUGUUGGCUGUCCUUUCUAACCUUUCUUUCUAGUUUCCUGUCUGCUAUAAUAAACAAUGGCGCCAAAACGAAAAGUACAAAAGGAAGAAGUGCAGGUUUCAUUGGGACCUCAAGUCAGAGAAGGUGAAAUUGUAUUUGGAGUUGCACACAUUUAUGCCAGCUUCAACGACACUUUUGUCCAUGUGACUGAUCUUUCCGGAAGGGAAACGAUCGCAAGAAUCACAGGAGGAAUGAAAGUCAAAGCAGAUAGGGAUGAAGCGAGUCCUUACGCCGCUAUGUUGGCUGCUCAGGAUGUUGCAGAAAAAUGCAAAACACUUGGAAUCACAGCACUUCAUAUUAAAUUACGAGCGACUGGUGGAAAUAAGACAAAAACACCUGGACCAGGUGCCCAAUCGGCUCUUCGAGCUUUGGCUCGUUCAAACAUGAAAAUCGGCAGAAUUGAGGAUGUUACUCCAAUUCCAUCAGAUUCAACACGCAGAAAGGGUGGUCGUCGCGGUCGCAGAUUGUAAAUUUUUUUUUGCUUUCGUUUUUGCAAUUUGUCUUACAUUUCAAUAAAUAUGUGAACCUGAA